AUGAGCCCCCAGCAACUCUCCGUGCCUCCUGCCUUAAUCACGAGCGUGGAGCCCACAGGCUGCCAGCCCCCAGGGCCUGGCUGUCUCCCCACACUCAGCCAGGGCAGAGUCGUUUCCGACACCUGCAGCACGGUCACGCCACCCUGCCCCUCCUUGCUGCCCCCCCCUUACCGCAUCGGGCGACGGCGCGCCAUCUCUGCCUUCGUCUCGCUCAUCAUCACGGGUCGUUUCCUGGUGGCGGCGAUGCUGCUGCUGCUGGUGGAGGUGAGCAACAUCUUCCUCACCAUCCGCAUGCUGCUGAAGAUGAGCAACGUGCCUUCCCCGGUGCUCUACGAGGCCAACAAGUAUGUCAACCUGGUGAUGUACUUCGCCUUCCGCCUGGCGCCCCAGGCUUACCUCACCUGGUACUUCCUCCGCUACGUGGAGGUGCAGGGCCAGGGUGCCUUCCUCACCGCCAACCUCCUGAUGCUCGACGCCAUGAUCCUCAUGUACUUCUCCCGCCUCCUCCGCUCCGAUUUCUUCCCCUCCUUGCGCAAGGGCUCUGUGGGGAGAGACGUGGAUGGUGAGAAGUUUCUGAUAGACUGAGACUUGCGUGCCGAGGAAGACCCGGGCUGUGGUUCCUGGAGGUCUUGGGCUCUCCAAACCUGCUCUGAUGUGCCUUAGGGCUCGCUCCCUGGCCCCGGGGCCUGCCUUCACCCGCUCUGCUGCCUAAAAGUGCUUCCCUGCUGGACCAGCCUGACAGCCUCGCCGAGCUGCGGGGACACCGCUGAAGCCAGGGGCAUGGUCGAUGGAGAAGCAGCCCAAGCCGGCUUCCGCGCAGGCAGCUGGAGGGUCAGGGGUGGCUGCGUUUUGCAGCUGAUGGCCUGAGAGGGUUGCAAGGGAAGGGACGUGUCCCUCCCGUGGUGAUGUUCGGUGUUAUGUGCAUUAAAAUCGGUCUGUUUACUGCUGCCGCA